AUGACGACUCAGGCAACCUGUCCAUCCAAUCCAGAUUUCUGUGGUAAAAUCAAGGGAACUUGCACCCCUCCCAAACUGAAUUUUUUUCAUCGUUCGCUCCGACCGGCCUUCACGACAGUGCUGGCCCCACAAUCACGUUCGACGGGGUUUGGCACCGAGCCAAAGGUACAACUGUUCUUCGGUUUCAACCAAGUGAAUACUUCCCUCGACUCGUUCACCUUCAUACUCAUCUCCGGCCAGGAGAUCACAGAUAUGAAUACCUGCCUGCUCCAAUCGGCUUUCAAGGUUUUCGUCUCCGGGAAUUUAGGAUCUGUGUCUGUGCCUGGACGCACGGCAGCAGAAACAGCAAUUUUCACUUCAUCACUUCCCGUCAUCGUGACAUCCACGACCCUGUUCCGAGUCCUCUCGGUCUUUACCAUCAUGUCCUACUGCAGGGAGGGCACAGAGGCGUAUUUCACGCUGUAUCCCGUCGCGGCUGCCCUGGACGGGUCAUUUGCCAAGCCAAGGAUGAAUGGAUACGGCAACCUGCGUGGUUCUUUCGUGGAGGAUCAGAUGCGGUGCGAGGAAAGUCGUGAUGACAGAAAAACAGGAUGGUCAUGGUCUUCUUCAUCUUGA